AUGUUCUCGAUAUCAUGUACAUUUAUUGGCAUAUGCUUAUUUAUAUUGGGUUCAUCAGGCAAUGGUUUAUGUAUAUUGGUAUUUCUUCGACAAAAAUUUCGUUAUCGUAUCAUAACACCAUAUUUUAUUGUUUUAUUAUUUGCUGAUUCAAUUUAUUUAUUAUUUCGUUUAAUGAAAGUACCUUAUUAUUCUCAAACAUUAUUUAAAAUUCCUACAAAUAUUGAAGAAUCAUGUUCAAAAACAUUUCUUGCACGUGUAUAUCAACAUGCAACACAAACAUGGCCACAACCUUUCGUACCAUUAGUACAGUCAGAAACAUAUAUACGGUUUUCAUUGAUAUUAAUGUCAAUUAUGUCUGUUCAAAGAACAACAUUUAUAAUACGUUCAUUAAAAUUUCUUGUUUUACCAACAGCAUUUAAAGAUACAUGUAAAUAUAAAUGGACAUUUUUAAUUAUUUUAUCAGCUUUUUUUAUUGCAUAUACAUUUGAAUUUGCUGGUUUAACAUUAUUUUGUUCAAAAUCAAAUAAUCGUAAUAUAACAUAUGAUUGGUUUAUUUUUAUGACUAAAUAUAUGGAAAAUACAACACAUAUAUUAACAAAUACAAUAUUGGAUCAACCAGAUGAAUUAAAAUGUGUUAAUUAUGCAAUAAAUAGUUUACAAACAAAUCAAACAUCAUUUAUAGAACCAAAUCCUAUAUGUACACAAGAUAAAUUAAUAAAUAUUUUAUCAUAUUAUUUUGAUCAACAUCAAAAACCAAUUGUUAAUUUAAUACAAAAGAUUAUAUAUUUUCAAACAGGUCAUCGAAUGUCACGUAAUGAAAUACGACGAAAAUAUCAUUUUCAUGAAUGUCUUUUUCCUCAAGAACCAAAUUUUUUUCAUCGUUAUUAUGAUUUUAUGUAUAGUCGUAUAUUUGGUUUAAAUCGGCAUACAUUACUCUUAGGUAAGAGUUAUUAUUAUUAG